ACCCGGGACCAGCAAAAACCACACGGCCGCCAAGCUGGAUUACCUAAACGCGAUGGAUUUCGACGACGGGGACCUGAAGGACAUCUGGGACACCGAUCUCGAUGCGAACCUGCAAGACACGCUCAAGAUGUCCAACUACCCGGAGUUUCAGGACUGGAUGGAUCCACACUCGAAGCUACCACCGGUCAUCCUCAACGACAAGCUGAUGACGGAUGCGGCCAUCGGGACGUGCAUGCCGAUCAAAACCGAGCACUCGUACAGUCUCAACUCGGACGGCGAGUCCCUGCCUGAUACGAUUCCCGAUUCACCGCACAGCCUGCAGAACAAGAUGGAUGAUAUGGACGAGGAGUGCUACCCGGUCAUCAGCAUGAAUGGCAACAGCAAACAUCAGCACAUCAUCCACAGGCAGGGUGGUAAUGCGAACUCCCUGCUGGUGAACGGGCAAACCCGCGACAGCAAGCCAACCUUCGCCGGGAUGUCCCUGCUUGCUAAUGGUGGUGGUGGACUCCUGUCGACUGGCAGCAACAAUGGCCAGUCUCAGCACGCGCAGUCCAUGCUGACCGGUGGCGGUGUGUUUGGUACCAGCAAUGGCGUCAGCUUCCUCACCACCAGCAACAACAACAACAAUAACCAUCUCGCGGUGAACCAUAACCUCAACCUCAAGGAUAGCAUCGUAGGCCUGAAGAGCCUGAAAGCCAGUGUUGGGCUGAGCUUCGGUUCAUCAUCUUCCUGCCACGAUUCGUCCUCGUCUACAUCCGCCAGCAUCGCCUCGGACAUUGACAUCGACGAGACGACGGUCAAGGAGGAACCGCUGUCACCGAGCUCAAGUUGUCCGCCAUCACCGAUCGGUGCGGGUGGAGGCGGAGGAUCCCUGAUGAACAACUACACCGUCUCAGGCGUCAGUAUGGCUGCCUUCUCGCAUUCGGAUCUCGUGCUCGAGCAUAAGAAUGGAUCCCUCCAACUGUCACCCGCAACACAAAGUCUGCUGAAAAACCAGCAGAUCAUGAUCGCUACCGGCAUUCCGCAGCAAGGUGCCACCUCUCAGCAGCAGCAACAGCAGCAGAAGCUCGUGAUGUCCAAGUUGAACAUCAAGAUGGAGCCACAAUCAUCCGGGUUUGGGCUGCCACCGACACCGCCUUCUUCGCUCCCGAGCGACGAAUCCGAGGGCAAUCAAAGCCCGGAACAUCACGUCUCACCCAUGUCCCCGCCAACCGACCAUGGAAGCACAUCUAGCGGUGCCAACUCGACAGCUUCUAGCCGACGAACGUCACUUCACGCAAGUACUAGCGGUGCUGGUUCUACGAUCGGUAGCACAGCCGGUGGCCAGACAGCUUCCCGCCAGGUAUCCGGUGGUAGUCACCACAGUUCUGCGGGUUCAUCGCCAUCUGCCUCCCAAUCGGCUACCAGCUCCACGAGACAGCCCAUCCACACCCCGCUCAUCAGCAGUCAACCGAAGGGUUCCACUGGAACGCUCAUCUUGACGGAGGAAGAAAAGCGAACACUGCUAGCAGAGGGCUAUCCGAUCCCGACCCGGCUGCCAUUGACCAAGGCCGAGGAAAAAUCUCUCAAGAAGAUCCGGAGGAAGAUCAAGAAUAAGAUCUCCGCCCAGGAAAGCCGAAGGAAGAAAAAGGAGUACAUGGACCAGCUAGAGCGCCGAGUUGAGAUACUGGUCUCGGAGAAUCUCGACUACCGCAAGCGGGUCGAGUCACUCGAGGACUGCAACCAGAAUCUGCAGACGGAGCUGUCAAAACUGCGGCAACUCGUCAACCGACAGGGCGCCAGGAAGGUGUGA